UACCGCAAAAAAUGACAGGUGUGAUUAAUCCGAUGUGACGUCUUGUAAAAAAAAUACCAUAAUUUACAGUGUGUUUUAUCUAAAUUAAAUGAAACGAUUAAAGUACUGAUAAGGGAUAAAAAUCUACACAAUGGUGUACAAAUGAAUGAUGGAAAAAUAUCCAUUGAAAAGGGCCGGUACGGCAGUUCCACAGAACUCACCAAGCUAUCAGUCAGUUGAUAAGAAGUACAAUACGAACAGAGCUGCUUUCGCACGAUCGUCGGAUAAUUUCGAUGCACCAGCACAUGGUGACGAUAUGAUCGACAUUACGACUUCUGGAGGCGGCGGCGAGAGGACGACGAGGUUGGGGGAGGAUGAGGAUGGCACAUCACAUUAUUCGGUCUCGUUCGGUGGAAUGCAAGGAGAAACGGUCGAUAUUCCGGGCAUUGGCCAAUAUGACGAUUUCCACACGAUCGAUUGGCAAAGGGAUAUCGCCAGAGAUCGCAUGCGACAUCGACAUCUCGUCAAGAAAAAACAAGACUCUAUUUGGAACCUAAUUGAGGGGGCACAUGACGCCUGGUCAGGCUGGCUGUGUGUCCUUUUAGUAGGUCUCUGUACUGGUAUGGUGGCUGGAGGGAUUGAUAUUGGAGCUAGUUGGAUGACAGAUCUUAAAUUUGGUAUUUGUCCUCAAGCGUUUUGGUUGAACAGAGAGCAGUGUUGUUGGUCGUCGAAUGAGACGAGUUUUGAUUCGGGGAAUUGCUCACAGUGGCUGACGUGGCCUGAAGUCCUGGGCCAGUCAAGAGAUGGAGCCGGUGCUUACAUCAUUUCCUAUCUCUUUUACAUAGUUUUGGCGUUACUUUUUGCCGCAUUAUCGGCCUCUUUAGUGAGAAUGUUUGCACCAUAUGCUUGCGGGUCUGGUAUACCAGAGAUCAAGACCAUACUGAGCGGUUUUAUAAUACGGGGUUAUUUGGGCAAAUGGACUUUAGUCAUCAAAUGUGUGGGCUUGAUUUUAUCGGUUUCGGCCGGUUUGAGUCUCGGGAAAGAAGGACCAAUGGUUCAUAUAGCCUGCGCCAUAGGUAAUAUUUUAUCAUAUCUCUUUCCCAAGUACGGGAGGAAUGAAGCAAAGAAAAGGGAGAUUUUGUCGGCUUCGGCAGCUGCAGGAGUUUCGGUGGCUUUCGGAGCGCCCAUUGGAGGAGUCCUCUUUAGUCUUGAAGAGGUCAGCUAUUAUUUCCCGCUGAAAACACUUUGGAGAUCGUUCUUCUGCGCCCUAAUCGCCGCCUUUAUCUUAAGGUCGAUCAAUCCUUUUGGAAACGAACAUUCGGUACUGUUCUACGUUGAAUACAACAAACCAUGGAUAUUUUUCGAAUUGAUUCCUUUCAUCGGCUUGGGAAUUAUCGGAGGUAUCAUCGCAACGAUAUUCAUCAAGGCCAACUUGUACUGGUGCCGGUACCGGAAGUACUCCAAACUCGGUCAAUAUCCUGUGACUGAGGUGCUAGUCGUGACCGUAAUGACGGCCAUCAUCGCCUACCCCAACCCCUACACUCGCAUGAACACGAGCCAAUUGAUUUAUCUUCUGUUCAGCCAGUGCGGCAUCUCCAACUCGGAUAAUCUCUGCGAUUACAAUCGCAACUUCACCGAUGUCAACUCAGCCAUCGAAAUCGCGGCAGCCGGCCCUGGCGUCUACAAAGCCAUCUGGCUCCUAAUCCUCGCCCUAAUCCUCAAACUAAUCAUGACGAUCUUCACCUUCGGCAUGAAAGUCCCCUGCGGUUUAUUCAUCCCGAGUCUUUGUUUGGGAGCGAUCGUGGGCCGAAUAGUGGGCAUUGGAAUGGAACAACUCGCCUACAACUACCCCAAAAAUUGGCUAUUCAGUGGGGAAUGUUCAACGGGCGAUGAUUGCAUUACACCAGGUCUAUAUGCAAUGGUAGGAGCGGCUGCAGUGUUGGGAGGUGUCACCAGAAUGACCGUUUCGCUGGUGGUGAUCAUGUUUGAGCUGACAGGAGGUGUGCGAUAUAUUGUGCCCUUAAUGGCAGCCGCUAUGGCCAGUAAAUGGGUGGGUGAUGCCUUGGGUAGGCAAGGUAUUUACGAUGCGCAUAUUGCCCUGAAUGGGUACCCGUUUUUGGACUCGAAAGAUGAGUUUCAACACACGUCGCUGGCGGCGGAUGUUAUGCAACCGAAACGCAACGAAACGUUGAGCGUCAUCACGCAGGAUUCGAUGACAGUGGACGACAUCGAAGCUCUGUUGAAAGAGACAGAACAUAACGGAUAUCCUGUUGUGGUAUCUCGAGAAUCUCAAUAUUUAGUGGGUUUUGUCCUUCGAAGGGAUUUGAAUUUGGCGAUUGCCAAUGCGAAACGAAUGGCUGACGGAAUUUGCGGCCAGUCAAUAGUGCUCUUCACUAGUGGGAAUCCCCCACAGACUUUAGGACCACCACCUUUGAAGCUUAAAAAGAUCCUAGAUAUGGCACCAAUCACCAUAACUGAUCAAACUCCAAUGGAAACUGUUGUAGAUAUGUUUAGGAAAUUGGGGUUGAGGCAAACACUAGUCACACAUAACGGAAGAUUACUAGGAGUUAUCACGAAGAAGGACGUCCUAAGGCAUAUAAAACAGAUGGAUAAUGAAGACCCGAAUUCGGUUCUGUUUAAUUAAAUAAAUUUUAUUGUGUAUAUUAUGGUUUAUUAAUAUUUGUGCAUAUUAGUAUUGUAUUGUUAAUCCCCUAUUAUUUAUUACGGACUUUUUACUUCUAUUGUGACGUGAUUUUCAACGUAUUGUCUUCCUGCCGUAAUUUUAUUAACUUGCAGCCUUGUUUUGCGAUUAAAGUUAUUUAAUCAAAUUAGUUGUCAAUAAUGCUCAGAUUAUAAUAAUAUAUAUAAUAAAAAUUUUCUAAAGAAAA